AUGGUGACGAGGCGGGGCGGAGGGACAGAGGAGGGGGGAACAGAGGAGGCAGAUCCUGAGGGAACGGAAGGGGUGGCAAUGAGGCAGGCAGUGAGUCAGCGCAGGCAGGAGGGGAAGCAAAGCACAAGCUCUGUUUCGUCAACGAAGGAGGAUGAGCACACCCUGGCGCCUGACUGGAAAGGUCGUGUGAAAAGGCACAUUCAACAGUACCUCCAGUACUGUUCGUCGUACAGCGAUCAGUCAGCAGCUUCGUUCUACACGCGACCUUUGACCUCCAGUCAGCGGUACAGCAACAGGCAGCGAGAGGUCGAGACCACCUACCAGCUCACACACACACUCCUGGAAACACACCUGGAAACAAACCUGGACUCACACACAUCAGACUCCGCCCCCUCACCUGAGCUGUCUCCUGUUCCGAUUCUACCACCGAAGAAGAGACUACAGGAUUCAGUCGAACCCGACAGUCAGUAUGAAGAGAACCAGACCACAGAAAGUUCCCAGAAUCUCCAGCAGGAGGCAGAGCAUGGCCAGAGGAGCAGGGAGCAGCUGGAGGAGCAGGAGGAGGUGUUACUGACCAACCAGCAGGAGAUUCUCUACAGAAUCACAAUGAAACCUGAGGAGGAGGACGGUCCGGACGUGAAAGCAGCGUCUCCUGAGAUCCUGUUGGUCUACGCAACAGAGAAUGACAGCGUCAACGAACAGGGUAUGUACCGCGAGGCCUUCCUCUCGACCUACCGGAGCUUCAUCUGCCCGGAUGAUGUCAUCACCAAACUGCAGCAUAGGUACAGAAAACUGUGUGAAGGACGAGAUCCUGCAGACCUGACAGCUGCCAAGAAGACUUUACACCUGCUGGUCAGAGUGGUUGACGAGCUAUGUGCAAUAGAGCUGGACUCUGAUUUGCUGCUGCUGCUGAUGGACCUGGUGUUCAGCCUCCUGAUUGGUGGAGAGUUGGGACCCGCCCACCAGCUGCGCUCCAACAUUCUGUCCAAGAUGGAGCAGAGGUGGCAGUUGAUUGGCUCUCCUCAGUCACUCCGCCCACUCGCAGCAAGGGGCGUGGCUGCCAGACCAGGAACUCUUCUGGACUUCAGGAGUCACGAUUUAGCUGAACAGUUGACUCUGCUGGACUCUGAGCUCUUCUACAAGAUUGAGCUUCCAGAGGUCUUGCUGUGGUCUAAAGAGCAGAAUGAGGAAAAGAGUCCUAACAUGACACAGUUCACCCAACACUUCAACAAUGUCUCCUUCUGGGUUCGUUCUGUCAUCAUUCUUCAGGACAAACCUCAGGACAGAGAGAAACUGCUGCUGAAGUUCCUGAAGGUCAUGAAGCACCUGCGCAAACUGAACAACUUUAAUUCGUACCUGUCCAUCCUGUCAGCGCUGGACUCCGCCCCCCUGCGGCGUCUGGACUGGCAGAGGAGCACAGCUGAGGCUCUGGAGGAGUACAGCUCUUUGAUUGACAGCUCGUCAUCUUUCAGAGCCUACAGAGCUGCUCUGGCUGAGGUGGAACCUCCCUGUAUACCCUACCU